UUCUUUAGAGGAGGUGUUAAAUUUUUUUAGGAUUUUUACAGAAUUAAAAUCACACUAACCUAAGUCUCACAAUUUUGUCACAGCCGAAGUAUGUUUUUACACGAAGAGUAACUGAAUACUUUUUCCUAAUAUAACUUAACCUGACAUGUGCCUGCGAGUGCGAGAACGCCAAAUUCCGAUAACCAAUUAAUUACGCGACGUUUACCCGGAUCGUCGCGCGUCGACCGGAUGCCGACCAUUUACCGAGAAACAAUAUUUACGAUAAUUAUCAUAUUAUAAUAUUAGUCCAAUAAUAAUAAUAAUAAUGUUUUUCUAUAAUACACCACAAAACUGCAAAUUCACAUUUAGUCAGUCAUAAACCUAGUCCUUACUCCUUACACCACAGUUAUUAUUUUUUGAUUGCAAUUUUUUGAACAUAUUGUGAUUUUUUUUUACCUACGUGUUUUCAAAUAUUUUUAACGAUGGAUAAUACGAAAAAUUGGCGUAUGGGUAAAAAAUCAAAAUGUUUUCCGAGUAAAAGCAGAAAAAAUAAAGGAAAUAUUGCUGCACUUGUAAAAAACAAGAAAACCGAUCUUGUAGUAGGCCAUAAUGACAUUUCCGAAGACAAUGCCCUAACGAUAGCGUGUAGUAGCAGUAAACGACAAUUAGUAACAUCACAGCGUAAUGUCCAGAUAACCACGAAUAUGAAUGACACGGAAGACUUGGCAUUAUCUCUAGAUUUAAAUCAAAGCUGCAAUCUAGCAGAUAUGAAACUGGAAGGAAGACGAAUUGUGGAUAUUAAUUAUAUAUUCAAUACAAUAAAAUCGUUUUCACAUCCAUUUGGAUGCACUUUUAAAAAUUUAAUUUUUACUCAUGAAGUACGUAAUGGAUGCAUAAGUUCAUUUUAUUUUAAAUGUAAUUUUUGCAAUCAAAUAGAGGUGAUACAUUCAGAAGAACCUGGCAACAAAUUUAACACAAAUUUAGCAAUUGUAACAGCAGCAGUGAAUAUAGGACAAGGACAUGCGCAGAUAGAAGAAUUGGGAGCUAUCUUAAACAUGCCAGUUAUGUCUAAUGGUAAAUAUCAAUUAUUGCACAACGAAAUUGCUACGUACUUCAAUGAGAUAUCUUGGGAAGAAAUUGAACUAGCUGGUAAGGAAGAAGCAAAUAUUGCAAUACAAAAUAAUGAAGUUGAUGUCAGUGCACGGAAAAAAAUAUGUAGUUGAUGUUACUAGAAUUGUAAUAAUUUUAACUAUAUUUUAUAGUUAUAUAUAGGACAGCUAUUAUAUUAGUUAAUAAUACUACAUUAUUAUAGUUAUCCUAUUAUAGCUAUGGUAACUAUAAUAUAGUAAUGUCAACUAAAACAUUAUAGUAAUUUUUUAGUACUGAAUACUAAAUGUUGUAGUUAGUCAACAUAAAUUGUAUAGUAGCUUCUACUAUACAAUUUAGUUAGCAAUACUUAAUCUUUAAAACCCUUAGUUCUGAAUACUAAACGUUUUAGUUAAUUAACAUAAAUUUUUU